AUGGCAGAUCCAAGCCUUAAUGAUCCCAAGAUUCUGGCUGGAAAUAUCACCUCGAUCGGGGAGGAAGAAAGGAACAAGUCAGCCGCUACUGAAGUUCCUCAGACGAUGAGCCACAAAGACGCAACAUCAGACAACAAGAGUCGACAACAACGUCGUGCAUCAGGAGCUGCAGAAACUGCGCGUGGAAAAGGUGACGGCAGAAAGAAAGUCGACAAGGAUCAACAGGAUAAGAAUGGCCGCUAUGCCCAAUCAGUUUCUCAGACUCAUCAAAGCAAACAUUCUGAAGGCGAAAAACGUCGAACUCGCUCUCAUAAUGGGAACAAGGCUGGUGAAAAUGAAGUUGCUGGCAACCAGCCAAGAGAAUCAAAGGCAUCAACACAUACAGUGUCUCAAAACAGCAAUGGUGAUGGAUAUUAUUGCAGUGAGGAAUAUGACGAUCUCGAGGAGCCAUUCUCUGACACCGAUGAUGAAACGGUGCGUCAUCGCCCUGAGAAGCCCAAUUUGUUCAUCCCACGUGGCCGUAUUCGAACUCUUUCCGGAACGGUGCCAGUGAUUGGUUACUCACCCAAAUGGGGUGGACCUACCAUACACCUUCUGAAUGAACACAAAAUUGUGGUGAAAGAACUGAAUUUGAUUGUCGAUCUGAAGCGUUACAUUGAGCAUUGGCGUCAGCGUUUUGCAAAAGAGAGUGUUGAAAAAAUUUUUCCACGCAUUGAGCCCGAUGAGAAGGAUCCCUAUCAUGGUACUACUAAUUUUUACUAUGAAAUGUCGGAGAAACUUCCUGAAGAUUAUUUGCUCCGUCAACGCCUGGCUAUGCGACGUCUGGAAGAAGCACUUUCGUGCCAACAGCGCGAACGUGAGGACACCAAUUUCACUCAAAAAUGUAUGUACUGUCGUUACACUGCAAAAGGGAAUCGCAGCAAGAUCAUUCAUCAUCUUUACAUGAUUCAUCAUCUCAACCUUGGCUCACCAGAGAACCUGGUAUUUGUUACUGAGUAUAUUGAGCAUCUCAGAGAAAGGGUUGAGCGUCAGGAAUGCAUUCGUUGCGAGAAAACCUUUGCAGAUAGGAACGCUUUGAUGGAACAUAUGCGCAAGAGGAAUCAUAGAGAGGUGAAUCCGGCGAAUCACUACUACGAUAAGUUCUACAUCAUCAACUAUCUCGAGCUCGGAAAACGCUGGUUGGAGGUGCUAAAAGAAGACGUUGAGGAUACUGAAACAGCUGGCCAGGAGAGCGACAAAGAGCUUGAAGAAGAAUCAUGGUGUGAAUGGCAAGAAGACAAUAUGGACCUUGAUGAGACGCGUGUUGUAUGUUUGCUUUGUGAUGAAUCGACUGAACGUGGCGAUCUUCUUAUUGAGCACAUGCAGGAAAAGCAUGGAUUUGAUCUUCUUAAGCUGAUCAAGGACAACAAAUUGGAUACUUAUGAGCGUAUGAAGUUGAUUAACUACGUUCGAAAGCAGAAUUUCAAUGCAAUUUGCUGGCGCUGUGGUAAAUCUGAUAAUGGACUUUUGGAGGAUAAAGAGGAGAAGGGCCAGACUUCAGACGAUGAAGAGCUCGAUCGUACUGAUCGCAAGAAAUUCUUGGAGUCAUUGGUCAAGAAAAGUCAGCGAAACACUGUUGCAUCGGUAAUUGCUGAGGAUCUUCCUACUCUCGAAGAAGUGCCCGAUCUUGAAGAACUUCUC